UAACAAUCAACUAAUAUGGGCCCUGACCCACCCGAUCCUCCUAAGCCCCCGGACGUCCAGGAAAGAAGCAUGGAAUUGGACAUCUCUCAGAAUAAGAGGCAAAGGUGUCCGUCACCUGAGUCUACAGAUGAAUCCCCAAUUAAACGCUUUGUUCCAUCAGAUCCCAUUUUACCUUCUGUUAAUCCGUCUUUAUUUGUUGAUCCUAUUUUAAAUAAUCCUAUAAGAUAUAGUGGUGAUGAAGUUGGACCAUACAUUGUCCACGUAUCUCGCGUAGAAAACGAUCCUUCUGCUGGCCUGUCCAUCCGUCCUAUCAAAUUUGGAUCUUUCUUGUACAGUCAAAAAGUACCUAAUAUUUUAAGAGACGGAGUAAAAUCUGUUGGCCGCAAUAGAAUAUCGGUUGAGUUUGCAUCGGCUGAGGAUGCUAAUAAUUUUUUAUCUUUACCUGCUUUGGCCGAAGCUAAAUUUAAGGCAUUCAUUCCUACCUAUCACAUCACCCGCAUGGGUAUUGUGAAAGGAAUACCUGUAGAAUGGACCAUGGAUGAUUUGGUGGAGUGUGCAGAAUUCCCUAACAGGCACGGUCGCAUACUUAAAGCACGUAGACUUAAUAAAAAAUCUAGCCUUGAUGGGAUUACAACUUGGGUCCCGUCCCAAACAGUGGUACUAACUUUCUUGGGCCAAGUAAUGCCAUCAAAAAUCUACUGUAGGUACACUUCUCUCCCCGUAGAAAUUUAUCAUUACCCAACCAUCCAGUGCCACAAGUGCUGUCGCUUUGGGCACAUCCGCGACCAGUGCCGCUCAAAAGAGAGGUGCUACAAAUGUACACAAAACCACUCGGGUGACUCCUGUCCCAUUAAAGAAUCUCAAGCACUAUGUGUCCACUGCAAUGGCACUCACUUCGCCAUUGACAAAAAUUGCCCGGAACACAGCCGGCAAAAGUCAAUUAAACUUUUGAUGGCCACAGAAGGUAUCUCAUUCGAGGAAGCCUCUAAGCUUACCCCUUCAGUGUACAGACCCUUUUCGGAAACAGCCAGUUUCGUUUUUGCGCCCAGAUCACAACAUUCACCUGUUUUUCCCAUCCCUUCUAUGAAACAAUCCAAUAGUGUUCGUCAAACUCAUCCUCUUAAUAAAACUUCAUACAAAAAGACCUAUUCUAUACCCCCUCGCACUCAUGCACCACUAGGUAAAACGUAUGAUGUAGCUGCACACCGCCAAAUAACUCAGGAAUUACCUUCUACUCAACCGAAUGGUUGUGCCUUAUCCCAAAACCCUGACCCCCCGGUUGUACUCAACUCUAAUGUUGAGCUUUAUGUUUCAGCAUUAGAAACUUUUCUUAAAAAAACAAAUUCAAUACCGACCAACGUUGCCCAUAGACUAAUAAAUCUCAUAUCUCUAUUUAACAGUAAUGGCCCUCACAAUCCUCCAGUGGAAUGCUCAAAGCAUUCGUCCGAAAUGUCAUGA